AUGCCAGAGACCGACCCAAUCAAGAAAUUCAAGCGCAUCGGCGUGAUUGGAGUAGGUAGCAUGGGAUCCAUGAUGACUUUCGCCUUCUCCGAGAUGGGUCUCGACGUAUCAGUUUUUGACGUGGAUAAAUCAAACGUUGACAAAGUAACGAACUGGGCUAAAAGUGCCAACGAUGUCAAGGGCAAGAUUUCUGGAUUCUACAACAUCAAAGAAUUCGUCAAAAGCCUUGAAGGUGGAGAACGCAAGUUGUUUAUGUUCUCCGUCACGCAUGGCGAUCCCGCCGAUCAAGUUCUCAACAUGAUCAAAUCUGACCUGAAGAAAGGCGACAUUGUUCUAGAUGGCGGAAAUGAGAAUUACCGCCGAACGGAGCGCCGCCAGAAAGAAUGCAAGGAGAUCGGCGUGUCUUGGAUCGGUGUUGGUGUCUCUGGUGGUUACCAGUCCGCUCGUCGUGGGCCUAGUCUUUCUCCCAGUGGAGACCCCGAGGCCAUGAAGCUGGUCAUGCCCCUGCUCGAGAGAUAUGCAGCCAAGGACCCUAAAAGUGGCACCCCGUGUGUUACCCGUAUUGGCCCAGGCGGAUCAGGACAUUUCGUCAAGAUGGUCCACAACGGGAUUGAAGGUGGAAUGCUGUCUGCACUUGCUGAGGCAUGGUCUUACAUGCAUUACGGCCUAGGCAUGGGUUACGAGCAAAUCGGCGAUGUCUUCGCCCAGUGGGACUCUACCGGCGAAUUGCGCGGCAAUUUCUUGAUUCAUAUCGGUGCGGAUAUCCUGAGAACAAAGAGAACACCAAAUGGCGAUGGAAAUGGCGAGGGAAUUGGUGAUAACGGAUUCGUCCUCGAUGACGUCCUCGACAAGGUGGUCCAAGAUGACGAUGGCACCGAAGGUACACCUCUCUGGUGCCUGAUGGAGUCCGCCGCACGUCAUGUAUCCUGUCCUACUUUAGCAGCUGCCCACUUCAUGCGUAUUGCCAGUGGAAACCGUCAAGAGCGAGUUCAAGCAUCUCGAAAGCUCCAAAUGCCGUCGCCUCAUCCUAUUCAAAAUAUGCAGAGUUCUCAUGAGGUUACCAUUGAGAAAUUGCGCAAGGCCGUGUACAGCUCCUUCCUAUCGUCGUUCUGUCAGGGACUGGAAUUGAUUUCUCGGGCCUCUGAUGAUGAAGGCUGGAAUAUUGAUUUGGGUAACUGUAUUCAAAUCUGGCGUGCGGGCUGUAUUAUUCAGUCCGACUACAUUGCCGAUCUGUUGCAACCGCCACUAUCGGGCAAGACUAGCAUGUCGAAUAUGAAAUUCAUUGAUACGGUCUCGCAGGAGCUGCACAAUAGCUUCGAUGCUUUGAAGGAUAUUGUGAUUGAAGGCACCAAGUCCGAUCAGUACAUGCCAGCGAUCUCUGCCACAUUGGAUUAUCUGAAGUAUGAGGGUGGACUGGUCUUACCGACCAAGUUCAUGGAAGCCCAGAUGGAUUACUUCGGCGCACACUGCUAUAACAAACCGGGUAUUGCGGGUGAAGAUCCGGGUCCCGUCAUGAAGGGGCCUCACCACUAUGAGUGGAAGGUGGCUUAA